AUGGCGGUCGCAGGAUGUUCUAAUUUGCGUGAUAUUGACAACCAUAUCAACAUUGAUAAGUCCCCGCAAUCCUCAGCUACGAGGAGUAUGGACAAAACAAAGUCGAAGCUUGCCGCAUUCUUCGACAACGAUGACGAUGAAGCUGCAUUUCCACCAAAGGCAGUAGAGGAUCACAAACUCUCCCACUACACGCAAGGCACAUUGCGCAAGUCAAAGCGGGAAAAAGAGAAAGAAGCCGCGGAGGCGAAGCGCAGGGAGGAAGAAGAGAACGCGGUCAAGGCCUAUGCAGAGUUUAUUCAGGCAUUUCAAGGCGAAGAUGUCGACCGUAGGAAGGCCGGGUCUUCCUUCGUUAAGGCUGGAAAAGAAGUCGUGUAUGCUCCGUCAGCCAAGAGCGGUCCGGAACCCUCGCGAGCAGCUGUAUCCAUGUUCAACUCGGGGCCCCCAUCGCCGCCCCCAGUUGUUCCGAAGCCUAAAGGCAAGCGCGCGAUGGAUUCAUUUCUAGAAGAGAUUAAGAGCAAGCUUCGCGGGAGUCCCGCCUCGGACGACAUGCUUAAUAAUUUGCAAGCGACCCAGGGGCGUUCUGUGACGGCGAUGGCGGCCUACGAGGGGCAGAGCGGCAGUAAAGAUCGAGGGGACCCAGAAACAUCCAACAUUUUCGUUGCCAAUCUCCCUCCGUACGUCAAUGAGCAAAGCCUUGGCAUGUUCUUUGCACGAAUCGGCCCUGUCGGCUCUGUUAAGAUUAUGUGGCCUCGUGGAGACGCUUCCGUGGGUCCCGGCAAUGACAUGACUGCGUCCAGGCGCACCAAGAACACUGGGCUCAGUGGAUUCGUAGCUUACAUGAAGCGCAAAGACGCAGAAGCGGCUCUGCGAGAGCUUGACGGAUUUGACUGGGGCGGGUCAGUCCUCAGAGUGGGCUGGAGCAAGGCAGUCCCAGUUGCUGCUAAGCCGAUGUACGUGGUGAAGAAAAGUAGAUCGCACUCUAGGAGUAAUUCGCGAAGCCGGUCACGAAGUCGCUCGCCUCGGCGACACCGGAGUGGAAGUCGCAGUCUUCGAAGGCGUUCUCAUUCUCGAGACAGAGAUCAUCGCCGUUCAUACAGCCAAUCAGUCUCCAGAUCGCGUUCUCGUUCGCGGUCGGGAUCUCGUUUUAGACAUGAAAGGCGGCGAUCAUACAGCCGACGACGUGACAGCCGGUCGCAUUCGAGGCCGAGGUUUCGUUCCCGGUCCCGGUCGCGAGGACGCCCGAGCGAUGAAGAAGAAAUCUCGGAGCAGUUUAUCCGCACUGUCGCCGCUGAAGUCAAGGGACAUGGCGAAGAAUAUGCAAGGAGUUUACAAGAGCGCGAGCAAUCAAAUCCAAAAUAUGGCUUUCUCAAGCCAGGACACCGCCGACAUAAGCUUUACGUGAACCUUAUCAAACGUGAUAAGUCGAUUGAACCGGAGUUCGAUGACGAGGGGUACAACUCCAUUUAUUCUACUGAUUCGGCGGAAGAAUCUGAGCGCGAACGCGGGCGCAAGAACCAAUUAGGUCGCCUCGCUAGGAAGCGGUUUGAAGCUAUGCUCCGUGCACUUUCGGGUCGACGCGGCGAGCUUGCACGUUGCAUGGCAUUCAGCUUAGAACAUGCUGAAGCCGCGUCAGAGGUCGCAGACAUCAUCGUCUCUUCCUUGCUUGUCGAUGGCACACCUGUACCCCGCAAGGUUGCUCGUCUUCACCUCAUUUGCGACAUCCUUCAUAAUUCCGCAGCCCCGCUUCCCAUGGCUUGGAAAUUCCGUCAAGAGUUUCAAGCUCGCCUCGGCAUUGUCUUUGACCACCUCUCGACCAUCUAUCACUCCUUCCCAGGACGCAUCACGGCUGAGACCUUCAAGAAGCAGAUCGCCACUAUUGUCGAUAUUUGGGACGAUUGGAUCGUAUUUCCGCCUGACUUCACGAGUGAGCUGCGCCAGCGCCUCGAGGGACAGACCAUCCCGCAGGUAGAGGAGGAAGAGGCAGAUCCCGUCAUUGCACAGAAGGAGACGAUCCCGGCAUUCAAAAGUAAAUUCAAGUCAAGCUCGUUCCGGCCUGCAGAAGAGGUUGAGCCUACGCCAACGCCCUCCGCCGCGCCUACAGCUGCGGAUGACGACGAAGGAGAGCCUAUGGAUGUUGGUAGCGAUGCCGAAGUACCUGCCGUGGAUGAUGUGGAUGGCAUGCCGAUCAAUGAUGACGUCGAUGGAGAGCCUAUCUCUGACGACAUGGACGGUGAACCAAUAGCAGAGGAUCUCGAUGGCGUUCCCGUAGCGGAAGAUGUCGAUGGGGAGCUCAUUCUCGAGGAUGUUGACGGUGUACCUAUGGAAGGUACAGAUGAUGUGGAUGGCGAACCUAUGGACGACAUUGACGGUGAAUCUGUUCCUGUUUAAUGUGUAGUUUCCAAUGCUCUCCUGCAAUGUAUGCAUGGAUGUACCGCUAUCGGCAUGUAUUUCUGGACAGCAGGGUACAAUGGUAGCAUGUCUGCCAGGGGAUUACUCAGCCCCCGUACUAAGCACGACGCCCGAUGAGCGUUUGUGAUUCAUUAUGGCUCAUUCGCAUUUGUUAAGGGAUAGAUAAGAGGCAUGCCAGAGAUCUCCAACGGUACAACCGAGAGGUGGAACGAGAAGAGGGCUUGAACACGGAAAGGAAUUGGUAGGGAAAGCUACGGGAUAUCUCGAUAAUGAUCCAAACUGAAAGCCUAAUAAGCCCUGGUAUGCCAUAACUCGAGCUCGUCGUCUGAAGUCGGAAAGCGCCUGUUAAUCCUUGGCCGCUUCCGAGGAUUGACGGAAAGUGUGGAGAGAAUUGGUGCGAUAUUCCAUGUGCUGCGUACCCUCUCGUCGAUGACACUCCUCGUACAGGGAGCACGAGUGUACCAUCCGCGUAGCGUGCAUAUACGCAUUAGGGUAGUUAGGUCUAGCCUUCGUGCGUCUUCUUCAGAGAUAUCUUCCGCGCGAGUGACAAGUCCCCUAACUGCAGAAACAAAGCCUUCGUCCAGAUCCAGACUUAACUCGCAGUAGACUAGAAUGGCAUCGAUGCCGUCCUCCACCUCCAAUUGCUCCUUGAUAGCCCUGAAAGCGCGUUUGAGAACAUUACUGAACUCCCAUUGUCUCGCGAUCUUGAAGACGGCCUUCCAUUCGUUCAAGGGCAUGUCCUCUACGCUUUCGAAAGGUCUGGAGAUAGCUAUGAGACGGCAGCCAU